AGAGCAGUCGUUCUUCCAUCUAGACGUCAAGCGUCACCUCACUGAGUCAAGGUAGGCUGGGCGGCGGCGGAUUGGGAUUAUUGAGCAUCCUCGACAUGCAUGGAAAAAAUGCACCCUGCUUUUUUUUUUCCCUCGAGCAUCCUUCUGCUGACGUGGAGCUGCUGGGGUGCAAGGUGCAUAGAGGGUAAAGCUGCACCAUAUGGUCAGCAGUGUGAGGUGCAUGCAUGGCGGACAGGUUUUAUUUCCAUGUCGGGCGCGGUAUCUACUUCUCAAGGUGUCUGACAACUGCGCGGGUUUUGCCGGUGCCGGUGGAGGAUUAUCGACAUUUUCUGAUGUGGCCUGAAAUUUGCGGCAAAGCCUGAUUUGGUUUUCACUUUCCAUGUUCACAGAUUUAUAAACAGAGCUCAUGAUGUGCGGUGUUAUCUGUUAAAAUAGCCCUGACAGAUAAUGUGAAUCUUUAGAGGAUAACAUGACCUGUUAACACUCUGCAGCUAAACUGUUCUUUGUUUAGUUGUGAACUGAUUUAUUUAUUCAAAUUUAAAUAUUUCCAGUUGAAAAGUCUGCUUUAAGGUAUUAUCCAGUCUCCUGCAUAAUAUGCAUGUGCAGGCCUGCAUAAAUCUGGACUCCAUCUGUUUAUGUUAUGAAAUGCAGGUGUCUUAUAAACUACCACUAUCCAGGGGCGUACACAGAGGGGGGCUGGGGGAUUUAUGAAUUCAAUCCCCACUUUUUAGAAAGAUUAACAAAAAUAUCAGCAUUUAGAUUAAUUCAUGUUUUUUGUCACUGUUGGAUGAAGGUCUUUCAUGAUAUAAAGAUAUGACUAUUAACAGUCUUCUUCUGUGAUUCUAUUUCAGACGGGGGGCACAAUGAGUGAAGAGCCAUCGGUCACCCCCAGCUGGCUGACCCCUGACCCUACAGCCUGGGCCAGCGGAGGUGGGGGACCGACAGACAACAGCACCAGCCUGGGGACGUUCCCACCAGACAUCCUGACACCCAGCCAGCUCCCCCUGCUGGUCAACCCCUGGGACAUAGUCCUGUGCUCAUCUGGGACUCUGAUUGCGUGUGAGAACGCCCUGGUAGUGCUGGUGAUCUGGCAGAACCCGGCGCUCAGAGCUCCCAUGUUUCUGCUGAUAGGCAGCCUGGCACUCGCGGACCUGCUGGCCGGAUUAGGCCUGGUGCUGCACUUCACCUGUGCCUACCUGGUCCGCUCCGACUCAGCUCAGCUGUUGACGGUGGGCCUGGUGGUCGCCUCUUUCUCGGCUUCUGUCUUCAGCCUGCUGGCCAUCACGAUAGACCGCUACCUGUCUCUGUACUACGCCCUCACCUAUAAUUCAGAGCGGACUGCGGCCUUCACCUACACCAUGCUGGUGCUGCUGUGGGGCCUGUCGCUGUGUCUGGGCCUGCUGCCGGUCACAGGGGUCAACUGCCUGGCAGAGGAGGUGACCUGCAGUGUAGUGCGUCCGCUCACAAAGAACAACAUCGCCGUGCUGUCCGUCUCCUUCUUGCUCCUCUUCGGCCUCAUGCUGCAACUCUACGUUCAGAUUUGCAAGAUUGUGAUGCGCCACGCUCACCAGAUCGCCCUCCAGCACCAUUUCCUGGCUGCUACGCCCCACUACGUCACAACACGGAAAGGCGUGUCCACCUUGGCCAUCAUCCUGGGUACCUUUGCUGCCUGUUGGAUGCCAUUCACUGUCUACUCCCUAAUCGCUGACUAUACCUACCCACCACUCUACACCUAUGCCACUCUGGUGCCUGCCACCUAUAACUCUGUCAUCAACCCUGUCAUCUACGCCUUCCGGAACCAGGAGAUCCAAAAGGCGCUGUGGCUGGUGUGCUGCGGCUGUGUGCCCGCCAGUGUGGCUCACCGUGCGAGGACCCCUAGUGACGUGUGAGCGUGCAGACCCAGGUGGGAAGAAAGAGGCGCCCUGGGUCAGCUCUGCUCCUCACUGGAUGUGUCUGGUGUCAUAGCGAGCAGCGGCAGGGGAGGUCAGGGGCGCUGGAAGAGGGCUGUGGCUUCCCUUCAGGCUGGAGAUGUUUUUGGAAGACGAGGAUUGGUUAGAAAUCCACAGCCCACCUUGAUGGAUGUCGUUAUUUUCCUUUGUUCAAUCACCAUAGGGCACAGCAUCUCACUGUCUUCCCCAGCAGAGGCGGCCUCAGCGCGGAGCAGCAUCCCGCCCCCCUCCCGUUCAACUCGUGCCACGCCCUUUCUCUGUUCUGCAGAGAGCGCUGAGUGCGUCACGUGUUACAGGCAGCAGCUGUAUAUAGAAUGUGCAUUUGGUUAACAGCACGGGAGCUUUGGUUGACACGUGCUUGUUUUUCCCUCAAAUAGGAAGGGGAUUAUUAGUUUGCUGUGGUGUGCGUGCGUAAAAGCGCACGACAGAUUAACAAGGCAGUAUGAGAGGAGAGGAGAGGAGAGGGCGGCCGCGGCUGAACACGCAGGCUUUUCCACAUAAAGCCCGUCUGGAGCAGCAUCCCGGCGCUCUGCUGCUGCACUCUGAACGUGCGUCGAAAGCUAAACAGCCGCGGAGAGCUAAAAAUAGACCCGGCUCUCUCUGAUCCGCGCCCUGCGUCCUCUCCACAGACGCCGAGAGAGAGAAAUCAAGACGUUUCUUCUUCCCCUUUUGCCUUUCUGAAUUCCUCUGUCUUCUUCUCUUUAUGGAUUGUGCGUGAAUGUGUUUUAUGUCUUUGAGGCUCGAGAUGCAGCCCCAGGAGACCAACCGUUACCCCCCUCCUCCAUUUUUUAUGAUUAACAGAGGCACCAAACCGAAUAUAAGCCUUUCGGAUUAUGUAACCACCCUGUACCCGUCCUCUGUCACUUUUUAAAGGAGAUUGUUUUUGACUUUUUGAAUGUUUGGAAAUUAUUUUUCAUUUUCAAAAAGCCAAAAUUUGAAGGACAAAAUAUUUUUUAAAGGAUAACACGAAUUUUCAACGUUUUAAAAAGAUCACCAUAAUGACUCAGUUAUGGAAGUGAUCAUUUGUGUGGAAAUCUUCAAAAUCUGAAUGUAUGCCCAUUUAUUUGACCUCCUUUGGCCUCACCAUCAUAAUAUCUGAUCUGCAUGCAUGACUUCGUUGUAAUUUGCAUGCAACAAGAACAGAUUUCCUUUCUCCUCCUGAUUUCAGUGUAAUGGGUCAUCACUUGAUCGCUCCCUGACAUCAUCGUGACCCUAAUAACUUAGUUUGUGUACAAUGUACCAGAGUAAACCUCAUAUUUAUCACAAUGAGCUACAGUCAUCACUGGAAGUCUCUUUUUAAAGGCGCUUCUGUCUUUGUUGAAGGUUGGAGGUCUUCUGACUGCUUCACUUUGAUCAUGAUUUCAGUUCACUGAGUUAAAAAACUGUCAGCUGCUCUGAGUACAGUGACCCGUCAUGUUUUGGACUCAUAAUUAGUUUACAAACCCAACGAAAGUCCAGCCUUGUUCCUUCAGAUCAUGUCAGCAAUAACUCGCCUAUGAAUGGAAUUGUGUCAAUGUGCAGCAAUACUCAGACAGCAAUAACAUCCACGUCACACCACGACUCCUUCCUGCAGAGUGAAGAACCACGAUGGUCGCGUUACGUGUCAAAGUGAACAGGUUACAGGCUUCAGAGAAACACCUUAACUUGGCUGCAGGACGAGGUCGAGCGACUCAUCCGUCAUGGUGACCCCUCUUUUAUUUGGCCUCAGCUCCUUUCUGUGAGUGUGUGACUCGUCCUGUAACCUUAAGUGUCUAUGUGUGAUUUGGGGACUUUGUUUUAUGUGUAUGUGGUAUGAUUUGCAUGGCCUCUGGGUGUGUGCAUGUGUGUGUGUUUGUGAUCCAGCAGCUCAGCAUACCAUAAUGUCUCCCUGUGUCGGGGAUAAAAAACAGGCCUGUGUGGGAUAUGAAGUCCUGUUGACCACUGACCUCUGAGGAUAAUGCUGCCAGUCUUCCUGUCGGUUCUGUGAGCAGUGGCCUGGUUACGUGUUUGUCAGGCUUUUAUUUUGGAGAGAGAGAGAGAUGGGACAAGGAUGUGGAGAAGCUCCAGCACUUCAAGCCAAAGUGAGAAAGGACUCUGAAUGAACUGAGAUCCUGGUCCUGCUGGGUUUUCUGUCUUGUCUAUCACUUGUAUUCUAUGAACUAAUCCAGUCUGGUCGAGGGAGGCGUCUGCUAAGUGACCUCUGAAUGAUUCUAUGAGCUAAAAACGGCUGCGUCCAAAUGCAGAAACAAUGCUUCUUCUUCUUUCCUGGUUUCACCCCUCUGUGAGCCUGAUCCAGGCUUCGUAGAGAGCCUCGAUCAGGUGAAAGAGUUCAAAUUAAACGGGGUGAAUGAGUGAGGAAAGCAGGAGUGAAGCAUGUUCUGAGUGUUAGGAUGCAGCUGGUCUAUGUGAACUUGUGCACAGUGUCAGACUGAACCCUGUAGUUAUUGGACGAGCACCAACAGGUCAGGCUGGCACAUUGAAAUACCAUCACAAACUCUAUUCCUUUACCUUUUGAGAGAAGUCUAUUUUGUUAUAUUCAUUGAGAAGUUAUAUUUUUUUCCACUUCAGUCUGGCCUGAAUUCUUUCAGAUUCUGAUGUUGUACGAUAUAACGGCGCUGUAAAGCCUUUUUCUGAAUGUAGUAAUAAUCAAAUUGUUUAUUGAACCCCCUCCUCCUGUUUGUUUCUGUAAAUACGGCAUGCUGAAGAGGAGGGACUCUACACCACCAUGCAUGGUGCUACCAAAGCCAGGCAAUCUUAGAGGACGAGUUUGGUUGCACCUCUUUUUGAAUGACAUGUCUCCACUUCUGCUGUCGAUGUAGAAAUACUUCUGUUAGGAUUCAUCGCUUCAAUAUGCACCGUUUUGAAAAGGGACGACGGAACAACUUGGCUACACAGGCUGAGGGAAACUGGAACACAACUUCCUCUGAUGGUGAAUGUUUCCUCGCGGUACUGUGGAGACGUUCAUGUUUGAACGGGUGUGAACAAGGGCUUUGUAUCCAAGAAUAGUAUGAAGACUGUGAUGUAGGAUGUAAUACUUCUCUGUGUACACACACCUGUUCAUCUUUACAGCAGGCUGGAGAGAGUUUAUAAGACAACGUGUAGCCAAUGAGGAGGUGUCUGUGUGACGGUUACUAAUCUAGAGCUAAAUAUCAAACACUCAAGGGCCAGUGAGUGUGAGUGAGUGUGUGUGUGUG